AUGUCGGACAAAGCAGGCGUCUUUAUCCCGCAAUAUGCGUCCUACAACUGGACGGGCGCUCCCUCCGACUAUGAGGCUCUCACGACCAACGAAAUCGGUGGCGAUUCCAGAACGGAAAAUCUGAACAAAUGGUUUCAACCCGGUGACCAAGCAUUCAUCAUCGUGUCCUCGGCCAUGGUGAUGGUCAUGAUUCCUGGUCUGGCCUUCCUUUACUCCGGUCUCGCGCGCCGCAAGUCAGCUCUGAGUAUGAUCUGGGCCUGUAUGGCCUCGUUCUCCGUCGUCACCUUCCAAUGGUAUUUCUGGGGUUAUUCUCUCGCCUUUUCUCCGACUGCAACCAACGGCUACAUCGGCAACCUGCGCAACUUCGGUUUGAUGAAGACCUUGGCCGAUCCUAGUCCGGGCUCUCCACUGAUUUCGAACCUUCUCUUUGCUUUCUAUGAGAUGCAAUUCUGCGGAGUUACGGCAGCGAUUAUCAUGGGAGCUGUGGCGGAACGUGGACGCAUGCUCCCCGCAAUGGUGUUCGUCUUCAUUUGGGCCACGAUUGUGUACUGUCCUCUGGCGUGCUGGGCAUGGAACUCGAACGGUUGGGCCUACAAGUAUGGAGUCCUGGAUUACGCUGGUGGCGGUCCCGUCGAGAUCGGGUCUGGUCUGUCGGCACUUGCCUACUCCAUGGUUUUGGGCCGUCGCCAGGAGCGGAUGAUGUUGAACUUCCGCCCGCACAACGUCUCUCUCAUUCUCCUGGGAACUGUCUUCCUUUGGUUCGGAUGGCUGGGAUUCAACGGUGGCUCGGCUUUUGGAGCGAACCUUCGUGCCACCAUGGCUUGCUGGAACUCUAACUUGACCGCUGCCUUCGCCGGCAUGACCUGGGUUCUUCUCGAUUGGCGCUUGGCUCGCAAGUGGUCCAUGGUCGGCUGGUGCUCUGGUACCAUCUCGGGCCUCGUUGCGGCUACUCCGGCUUCUGGUUUCGUUCCUCCCUGGGCUAGUGUGAUCCUGGGCGUUGUGACUGGUAUUGUUUGCAACUACUCCACCAAGGUGAAAUACUGGAUCCGUAUCGACGACUCGAUGGAUGUGUUCGCGGAACACGGUGUUGCGGGAAUUGUCGGUCUUAUCUUCAACGCCCUCUUUGCGGACGAUUCGAUUGUUGGACUGGACGGUGUCAACACUGGAUCGGGACAGGGAGGCUGGCUGAUCCACAACUACAAGCAACUCUAUAUUCAAAUCGCCUAUGUCGUCGCUACCUGCGCCUACUCAUUCGUCAUGUCCGCCAUCAUUGCCUAUGCCAUCAACGCCAUUCCCGGUCUGAAACUGCGUGCCUCGGAAGAAGCCGAACUGCUGGGUAUGGACGAUGACCAGCUGGGUGAAUUCGCCUACGACUACGUCGAAGUCCGCCGUGACUACCUCGCCUGGACCCCUCAGCAGCACAACCAGCUUGAAGACGGCCACCAGAUUCCCGCUGCGGCGCGGUACGGAAUUGGCGAGCACAGUGAGAUGAUGCUGGACGGCCACGCCCCGGUUGGUGUGGACAGCCGUGGCUGCAGCGAGGGUGACUCGGGCAUCCAGGAGCUGAAGAUGCAACCUGCGCCGCGACAGGUAGCAGAACACCACGCGCCGCAUGAACCCGAGCCGGUCGAAGAGCCUAUCCCGACGACUCAAAUCAACGAGAAGGUGACGACUUGA